AUGCGACAGGGCGAGAGCACUGUGGGGCAGAAUGGAAGGGGGGCCAGCGAUAUUCGAGCAAUAAAAUAAGAGCGGGGGACAUUCGAAAAGAGGCCCCAUAUAAAGCCGAUCUUCCAUUCUGUUUUCACAGAGCUCUUCGUCGAACAGAGCCUCUCAAACUCGCUUUGUGCUCCCAGUGCUUCUGUCUCGGAUCUGCUCUGCUCGGCUUCGCGCUUGUUGUUCUUGUGACCAUCACCGCCUUCAGGACGCUCACGCCCAACGCAAGAAUUUCGAGUCGAAGUGAGCGAGCAGCUCAAUCGCUUCGUUAACGCGUUUGCGGAGAUCUUCGAGGUUUCGCGUUCGAAGUUCUUCGGACACCUCCUUCGUUAACAUGGCUGAGACCGAGGACAUCACCCCCCUCGUCUGCGACAAUGGAUCCGGAAUGGUCAAGGCUGGCUUCGCCGGAGACGACGCUCCCCGAGCAGUGUUCCCCAGCAUCGUCGGCCGCCCCCGUCAUACCGGAGUUAUGGUGGGCAUGGGACAGAAGGAUGCGUACGUCGGCGACGAGGCCCAGUCGAAGAGAGGUAUUCUGACUCUCAAGUACCCAAUUGAGCACGGAAUCGUCACGAACUGGGACGACAUGGAAAAGAUCUGGCAUCACACUCUGUACAACGAGCUUCGAGUGACCCCGGAAGAGCACCCGAUUCUUCUCACCGAAGCUCCUCUGAAUCCGAAGGCCAAUCGUGAGAAGAUGACUCAAAUUAUGUUCGAAACAUUCAAUGCUCCAGCUAUGUACGUGGCUAUUCAGGCUGUGUUAUCUCUGUACGCUAGCGGCCGCACCACCGGGAUCGUGCUGGACUCCGGCGAUGGUGUCACCCACACCGUGCCCAUCUACGAAGGGUACGCGCUGCCGCACGCCAUCCUCCGCCUGGACCUGGCCGGGCGCGACCUCACCGACGCGCUGAUGAAGAUUCUGACCGAGCGAGGCUACUCGUUCACCACCACGGCCGAGCGCGAAAUUGUGCGCGACAUGAAGGAGAAGCUGGCCUACAUUGCCCUGGACUUCGAGCAGGAGAUCGACACGGCGCGAUCCAGCUCCUCGCUCGAGAAGACGUACGAGCUCCCCGACGGGCAGGUGAUCACCAUCGGCGCCGAGCGCUUCCGGUGCCCCGAGGUGCUGUUCCAGCCGUCCUUGAUCGGCAUGGAAGCGGCGGGCAUCCACGAGACCACCUACAACUCGAUCAUGAAGUGCGACGUCGACAUCAGGAAGGAUCUGUACGGCAACAUUGUGCUCUCCGGCGGAACCACCAUGUUCCCGGGCAUCAGCGAGCGCAUGACCAAGGAGAUCACCGCCCUGGCGCCCGCCAGCAUGAAGAUCAAGGUGGUGGCGCCGCCCGAGAGGAAGUACAGCGUCUGGAUCGGAGGAUCCAUCCUCGCGUCUCUCAGCACCUUCCAGCAGAUGUGGAUUGCCAAGGCCGAGUACGACGAGUCGGGCCCGUCCAUCGUCCACAGGAAGUGCUUCUAGAGUGGCGCCGACCCGCCCGGAGGUGCAUGAUGAUGAUUGGUAUAUUGGUGUAUUUACGGUGUUUUUGAACCCACGAUUCCUCUUUCCUCAUUGUUCAUAAGAUAGGGAGCGAAAUGUACUAGGCUCGAUCAUAUAGUAACAUCUUUUUCCGUUUUCCCACAUCACGAUCGAUUUGUAUUUCCUGAAAAAAUCCGCCCUGUGGAGAGGGGAACUGUGUCUGCGUCGAGAGUGUGCGUGGUUUGGAAUUGUGCUGGCAAUGUCGGGUUUCAUAGCUGUGCAGCAUGCAAGCAGGUGGGUGAGACCUGAGGUUCUCUCCGUAGUAAUUACCUACGACGCGCAGCACGAAAUAUAUGCGCGAAUUUCCGAUCAGAUCUGAACCGUUGAAAUUUUGACAAAAGGGAGACGAUUGCAAGAGGUGCUCAGAAAUAUUUCCAACUUCCGAGAAAAUAGUUGAAUUGUUCAAAGCGCGAAGUAGUCUGUUAGUACGGUUUGUGAAGGUAGUUCUCAAACAGCAGCGAUGGCGGUUGUGCUUAUGCGCCAGUCAGUACAGUAGUAAUUUCAGUGAUAAAAUAGCCGCCUCAUUAUACCACAAAUGGAUGUAUAAGGCCCGGAUCUUAGGGGUUUUCCUAAUCUCUUUGGCUCGGAUUCUCAAAAACCAAAAGAGAAUAAAACUAAUAUUUCAAACCC